AUGCAGGAGCUUCAGCUGCCAGCUGCCUCACCCUCGCCGCAGCCCAUCGCGACCGCCGCUCGACCUCCUCCCGCCGCACCUCCCUCAACUCUCGCCGGCUGCACCUCGCAAGACCUCGUCGACGGGCUUGCGACCGCCUGCCAAGCUCUCGACAUCCCCACCGCUGUCGACCGCCUACGCGUUAUGCACGCUCAGGGCAUGCUGUACGCCCUCGAGGGCGCCGACGGGGUCGGGCGCCAAGCCACCUCGGGCCUGUCGCCGCUGCAGAUCGUCGGGCGCGGUGUCGAGAGCGAGCGCAGCCGGUUCCUCCUCCAGGUCCUCCUCCUCUUCGCGCAGACGAGGACGAGCGAGGACCGCCUUCCUUUUGAGCGGGACGUCGAGGCGUGCGACUGGGCAAAGAGCGUUGCGCAGAGCUUCGACCGGGGCAGGAGUUCGACCGCCGUGACAACACGACAUCUGCUACAGCUCGACAAUCGACCCGCUCUCACCGCCUGGCUCGAACAGCACCUGUCGCCGUCGCCUUCCUCGCCGCCCGGACCCCCUGUCCCUCCUCUUCGUCCGCACGACCUUCCGCACCCUCCCCACCCGCCCACUCCGUCCCCCGUCGUCUUCCCGAGUUCGACCUCGCCCGACGCACUUCAGCACGACGCGAGCGCGACGAGCAGCCUGCUCCUCGUCGAGGUCCAGCCGCCGCCGCCACUCGAGGUCAACGUCCUCGCGUCGCUCGUGCGACCGGCCCGGGCCCUCGAUCGCCUGUCUUCGAUGCAGCCCGAGAUCCGGCUCGCGUGCGAGAAGUGCGACGAGGCGGACGAUGGAGUGCAGGGCUCGAGCGCUGCGACCUUCUCAGGCGUGGGGAGGACGGACGUCGGCGAGCGCGCUCCUGAUCCUGCUGCAGGCGACUCGCCAGCACACGCCGACACCGUCCCGAGCGCCCCGACCCUCGCGCCUCCUCCUUGUCUUCUCGCCUCGCCCGCGCGCGACCUCGACGCGUCGACACUCUCGCCCGCCGCCGACAACUACCUCGUCAAGCUCGAGACGGACGAGCAGGCGGGCGACAACAUGCUCGAGAAGCGCGACGACGAGCUCGAGAUCAAGCUCGAGGAGCGCUCGCCGUCACCGGCGCCCUCGCUUUCCGACAUGGAGCUCGAGAGCAGCCAGGAGCAGGAGUGCAAGGAGAACACGCCCAUCGCCGCGCGUCACGAGGACGAGGACGUCGACAUCAAGCCGUUCGUCGGCGUCGAGCGCACGGCCCGCUCGUCGCCCGACCAGUCGCCGUUCCUCGUCAAGGCCGUCUGCGGUCCCGCCUCGCCGUCCGACUCGCCGGCUCAAGUCGGUCUCGGCAUCACGGGCGUCGCGCUCGGCCCGUCCACAUCGCGCAUCCCUCGACUCGCCCUCCCUCCUCCUCCAGCAGCGCCUCGCUCCGCCUCGCCGUCCGACUGUCCUGCGCCUCUCGCCCUCUCGCCCAUCCUCCCUCCUGUACGCCCUGCGCCGACUCGACGCAAACAGCUCGGCGCCGGCGCCGGCGUCCCGCCGAACCAGAUCCCGCUCGGCCCGCUCGCGCCCAGGAACCUGUACCCGACGCCCGAGUUCUCGCCGCCGCCUCUCGCGCUCCCUCUCGCCGCCACUCCUCGUUCCCCUCCCUCCCGACCACCUGCCGUCGAGUGCGCUCGGCCCGCCUCGCCGCCGCUCGCCGUUGCCGCCGCCGCCGCCGUCGAGCCCAAGCGCGAGCCCGAGCCCGAGUGGGUCAACCCGUUCGCGGGCCCGUUCGGCCACCUGCGGCACGUCGACGACGACCCGCCACGGGCGCACCUCGCGCCAAAGACGGCCGCGUCGCCCGCGCCGCGCUCGUCGCUCAAUCGGCGCUCGUCGACCGACGCGGCGAGCGGCGAGGAGGCGGCGGCGGCGUCGGCGAGGGCGCAGGUGAGGCGCCUCGGCGUGCGGUGGGCUGAGCCGGAGAUGUGGGUCGUCGGGAGCGGGGCGGGACCGCCGAACUAG